GCGCCUGUCAUAUAUAUACACAAUAGGUAUACACCCACCCAACGUAUACUCACAAAAAUUUCUAUAGGCUAAAAUGGGUACCUUUAUUGGCCAUGUCUUGCCUGGUGCUGGAUUCUUCCUCAUUGGCCUCUGGCAUCUUUUCAACACGUUAAGAAAUUAUGCUCAAUCUCCAGGGGAAUUUCACACCAGACCCUGGUUUCCCGCUAAAUUUAGAGGCGGGAUAUUAAAGCAUUUGGAGCUGCUAGCUAUUUUAACGGGGACCUGCCUUUCAAUUUCUGCAGAGCUUUUCAUCGGGCCAAAGCGACACCAGCCUCUGGCAGAUGACUGGACUAUUCCUCCCGAGCACCUCAACAAUUUCGAGCACUCUUCUAUUUCCUUGUUUUUUCUCAUCUAUGCUGCCGUGGCAAUCUACGUGGACAGGCAUGAGAUCCACGUGCCACACGGGAUGCUCCACGUCAUUGCCGCGCUGGCGUUCAGCCAGGAGUUAUUGCUGUUCCAUCUGCACUCCGCUGAUCACAUGGGGGCUGAGGGCCAAUACCACUGGCUGCUACAGCUUAUAGUUCUGCUUAGCCUGGCCUCCACUAUUUUAGAGGUGCCUUUUCCCAAGAGCUUUUUAGUGGCCAUGGUGAGAUCAAUGUCUAUAUUAUUUCAGGGAUUAUGGUUUGUACACAUGGGAUUUAUGCUGUGGAUUCCUGCGUUUAUUCCAAAAGGGUGUAAAAUGAACGCAGAGCACGGUCACAUGGUGGUGAAGUGCGAUGAGCAGGGGGCUAACAUGAGAGCCAAGGCUCUGGCUAAUCUGCAGUUCAAUUGGUACUUGGCCUCCCUAAUUAUCUUCACUGUAAUUCUGCAUGUUAAAAUGAUGAAAAAUUAUGGCGGCGACAAAUAUAGCAGUGAUGUAGAGAUGGGAAACGCCGCCAAAUAUAGCAGCCCUGGACACAGGCGGUCACUGGAUGGUUCGCAAAGCUCCAUGGACCUGGACAUGGAGGGUAUGCAGCCUCUAAAUUUAGAAAGAUAAAAGCAUAUAUGUCUUAUACCAUUUUUUUUCCGGAAUUGGGGUUUUCUUUGUUUAGCUAUAAAUUUGAGUUUGCGUUCUUUACAGUGUGAAUUGCCGCUAAAUUUGGCGGUGGAUUGCUUUAUCUCAGGAUUAGGGGAAGCAAAUUUGGGAAUUGGGUACAGAUUUAUAGAAUUUAUCCCACAUGUAUCCUAAAUGUUUUUACAGGAUUGUUAAAAAACUAACUUUCCUAUCUA